GUCUCCUGCAGACCCGUUGCCCGCCAUGCCUGCGCCGCUCGAUCGCGAGUCGCUCAAGAGCAUGAAGCGUGCAGAUCUACAGAGGAUAUGCAAGGACUAUGGCAUUAAGGCAAAUCUCAAGACCGAAGCCUUGAUCGACCUUCUUAUCGACACUACCACAGCAAGACCUCGUCCUACACCUCCGAUGCCCCAACGUGCUCCUUCGGGACGAAGAGUUAGUAGGGCAGUAGCCCCAGCCUCUCGUCCCCGAGGAACUUCCAGCUCCUCCGUAAUCAUCCACGAUUCCGAUGAGGAAGACCACGCUUUCGAAGAAGAACAGCAUCGUCGCAGUGUUGCUCCUACAAUCUCGUCUGAACCGGAAGCACCGCACCCACCCCCACGCACCAGGAGGGCGAAAGACACCCAAUACAGGCUUGGCGUAGGCAGGCCGACCGUGGUUGGGGGCAGCGGUGCUCGUGCCGUUACGCGUUCUACCAGCUCCGCUGUGAAAGGGAAGCGUGGCAAGGCUAGUAGAAGUGUGAAGCCGGUGGAAGCUGCUAUCCAGGAAGAAGAAGAACCUGAACCCAUGGAAUACGAAUUGCCGCAAGCUGGCCCCUCCGGCACAGCUCACGACCAUGAACCUCCAAUUCCUGUAAUGCCAAUGCCUCAGGAAGAUCCCGCGCCCUCUCCAGAUAUCCGGCUAGAUAUUCCUGACCAAGUUAGGGCGUAUAUCAAUGGAUUGGUGACGCCGUUUCAAGCUCAGAUCCAGCUAUUACAGUCUGAGCUGCAACAACGAUCGAAUCGAGAGGCUGACAUUCACGCGCUGACCUCACAAAUGCAAUUGGUUCAAGCCGAAGUGCAAUCCUUACGCUCUCAGGCGGCUAUGACAUCGCAGUUGCAGAACGAAGUCCAGCAACUUAGACAACUAGUGUCCGAGUUGAUGCGGAGAUCCACGACAGAUGCUCCUCAGCCAUCCGAGAAGAGUUUAGGGAAAGCUCGCGCGUCCGAUGACGGUAGCUCCCAAGCUUCAGCGGCAGCAAGUGACCCAGCUCAUAAGGCCGCAAACUCGCUUGCACAGAUUGAAGCCCCUCAUGGAGGCUCUCAGCCCCUGCUGGGCAAACGGCAGCGCGACUCGGACGACAGCGACAGCACCGACGUGGUAGAGGCCGGGCAGGAAGGUCGAUACAGCCAAGACGAGCUGAAGAAGAAAGCAGUGAGGCCGACGAAGAAAAGGCUCAAGCUUGCUGCGGGGGCUCAAGACGAGGACCGUCAUGGGUCGAAUGCGGCCGACCAAGGAUCUUCACAGUUGCCAGACCCUCUUCUACCACCCUCACGACCAACCUUUACCAUCUUCAGUGGCCCGGAAGAACCGGCUGAAUCCUACAUCGACCCCCCUCCGCCAACAGAUCAUCUGUCCGAUCUUUUCCCUCUACCGACUAUCGCUGGAGGACACACCCCGAUGCCAACGAAUAACGGCGGCGGUACCAUCGUCAGGCCUAUAGGGGCCGACGAGAAUGCUCCCAACCUGGGUUUCAACUUCAGCUUCAACACGUCCAUCUUCCAACCCAUGACCUCCACUCCGUUCGACAUGGGCCACCCUUCCUUUGCCUACCCCGAGCCACCAGCGUCACCCUCACCAGGAGGCAUUCCUUCUGGUGGAUUUGUCGAACGCGCAGGCGGACGCAUCGAACGGAAUGAUCUCUACCACCCUCAUGGUCGACGACACGCACAGUCCCAAGCUCAAGCCAAUGGCGAGUCUCCAUCCCGGCCGCAGUCCGCGGCGAGCAGACCUGCCAGUCGUGCCUCCCAUCCCCAAGCUGCAUCCCAACCACAACCCGGUGCCUCCGGGGUCGGUACGGUCAACCCAACCGCAUUGGUAGGCACUCCAGGCCUUCCCCCACUCCCGGAAGUGUCGCAAGAGGAGUCCAACACGAGCCUGAGCAACGGAGUCGCCAACUUCACCAGGCGUAUUGCGUCCAGCACUGAAAUCGGGAUGUCUUUCGGGAUGAGCAGCACGCUCCCACUGCCGCCCGACACGCCCGCACCGCCGAUGAAGCGGACGAUGUACGGGACCGAGCUUGAAGGCGACACGCGGUUCGGAGACUUCGGCGUCGAGGGCGUUGCGACGGGCUUCUGGGCGGGGCUCGCGCCGCGCUUUUGAGCCUUAUGGCUCACGCACACCCCCCAUAACUUGAUACUCUACACUCGGCGACACCCCCCGGCCUCUGGCAUAUCGUACCGGCUUGACUCACGCGAGUUCGACUCCUUAUUUCCCUUCCUCCAUAGGCCCCGACUUUUCGUAUCCCAGCGAAACCUGACCUCCCC